GCAGUGUGUCGAUGUAACUACGUUGCCAGUGAUUACACGGUGUUUGGCAGUGCCUUCGCUGUUCACAUGCUUGUAUUAUGCCUCAGAUUUACUAAGACAGAUAUGUGGACCAUUUUCAUUGGUUUUUCUUCACUGAUUGGAGUCGUAGUUGUAAUUUUGGUAAUCUGUUCAUUCUGCCCAGGUUGUAAUCUGUAUAAGCGAAGAAACAACCGGACUGUUUAUAAGCGCUUUGGCAGGGGCGAUACCUCAUAUGGGCGAAAAAAGAAGGGUAGUGUUAACAAAGGUGUCAAAAAGACAAAAACCUCAGUGCCGUCGUUAAACCAGAUACCGUCUGUGACAGUUGUUGCAAGUCAACCUGUGCAAGUGAAUUUUCCCCAGUUGUAUACUCCAGAAAAAAUUAUGAGGCACGCUGUGUACAAUCAAUUACCUCAGCCACAAGCUGUCAUGCAGUCUCCGGAGUCUCCACCACACUGUAUUGUAGCAGUUGCAUAUGAUUCUCGUCGUAUACUGCUAGCACAUAACCCAAUAUACCGACACUUUGAUGAGGUUGAUGAAGACGACGCCUUCGAAGCUGACCUUCUAGAGAAGUUGGACUCCAGAGGCAUGUGCAAGCUGCGGGAACAUUUCUUCUGCAAGGAAGGCCAAAAAUACGACCAACAGAGGAAGCUGUCAGGCAGCAUUCCUGGUUACAAAUACUCUGGGUUGUCACUCAACAGAGACGAGUUCAUCGAGGCGAUGGAAAGCGCUAUGGAGAUUGAGGAGCAGAAAUCCAGAAACUUCAUCCAGGAAGUGAAGAAAGCACCCACCGUGGAAAAGAACAACAUGAUCAGCAAGAAAAAGAAAAAUAACCGUGCGAAUUACGUCAUACUUGUGGCUGGCCUUGGGCGCGUGGCAGGACCGCCGUGUGUGCAUUGUGCAGGUGCGCCUGUGGAAGCGGCGGUUGGCGCCCGGCUGUUCAGCGCGCUGGACGCCCACAACCGCGGCCUGGUGUGGUGGGAGGAGGUCCUCGACUACCUGAUCGACAAGGCGGGCCGCCGCGACCGCGACAGACUCUCCUGGCAGCCGCUGGAGGCUCGACACACCGUGCACCACCUGCCGCACUGCAAGCGCGAGCCAGUGCUGCGGGUGCUGGGGCUGCGGACAGCGAGCUCGUUCUGCUACCUGGCGGCGUGCCGGCUGGGCCGCGUGGGGCUGUACGGCGGCAGGCUGGAGCCGCUGGAGGAGUACGUGCUGCCGCUGGGGGCCACGCGCCGCCGCCGCCUCGCGCACACCUGGCUCACAGACGCGCUGCACCUGCCCGACGCCGCCGCCGUGCUCUACCUCGCCUCCGACCGCAGCCUGCUCCUCUACGACGCCUCCUGCUUGGUGCACACGCCGUUGUGCGUGGUGAGUGGGAUGCGGAACGUGGCCGGGUGUGCGUGCUACGCAGCCUCCGACGUGCACGCAUCGGGCCGGUCCACGCUCUACAUGGGAGACGACCACGGCAACGUCAUCACACUCGUCUUUCACCAGCCGCGGGUCUCGCUCUUCCGCAAGAAGCACCCUGACAAACUCGACAGAUACUACUGGGUGGAGCUGGAGCAGCAAGCGGAGUGGGUGUCGGUGCGGGUGGACGAGGGCGUGCACGCCGGCGCGGUGCGGCAGCUGGCCUACUGCCCGGACAACGACACCCUGGUCUCCUGCAGCCACGACCCCGCCGCCACCGUCGUCGUCAGGCACGCCCCAGCGCGCCGCGCACCCUACAUCUUCCGGCUCGCCAGGGGCGUGCGCUGCUUCCACAUGGAGCGCCGCCUAAAGCUUUUGGCCACGGGCAGCAGCGACUGCGUGGUGCGACUGUGGAACCCCGUGGUCACAAACCAGCCCACCGCUUCGCUCUUCGGCCACGCGGCUGCUGUCGUCGACGUGCUCGUCAUGCCAGACAUGGACGUCGUCUUCAGUUGUUCCACUGACGGGGUGGUGAAGGCGUGGGACGUGUGGGACCAGUGCUGCGUGCAGACGGUGAGUGUGCGCGGACCCCUAGAGCUGGGGCUGGAGCACGGCGCGCUGUCGCUGGCGGCGGGAGCCACGCCGCCGCCGCUGCCGCCGCCCUCGCGUGAGCACCGACCGGCCGUCCCGUCACCCUGGCAGGCGGCAGAAGCGCGCGGCAUCAUUACCCCGGACUCGUCUGUCUACAGCCAGUCCAGUGUAUGUGGCGACAGCGAGAGCGGAUCUCCUUCACAGUCGCCGUCGCCACCACCACCCAGCAACCACGACAGACCGAAAACGCCGGAGGCUGUCACCACUUCCGGUCGCAUGCCCGAGCUGCCGCCGCCACCGGUGUUGCCUCAUUCUCCCGGGCCGCCGCACGAUCUGCAUUCGCGCCGCGCGCGCCACGAACGGCGGAUCCGCGAACUGCGCCCGGUGGUAGGGCAGUGCGCGCCGCACCUGGCUCUGGCGCUGCACGAGCCAGUGGAACUGCGGCUGUCGCCAGCGCUGCCACCGCCGCCCGGAUUGGCGGCGCGACACCCGGAGCGCACGGCGCGCCUGCUGCAGCAGCCGGAGCGGCUGGCGAGAGCGCGACUGCUGUCGCCAAGCUCCGUGUCCGUGCUGAGCGCCCGUAGCGCCAGCAGCAGCGACACGCGCAAGUAG